AUGGGGGCUUACGCCUGUCCUCAGGCCGAGGCAGGAAUGCCCCCGGGCCCAGGAAACAGAGGAGGAAGAGAGAAUGCUAGCUACGCCCGCGUGUAUUUCGUACAUGGCAAAUCUGAUGCGACCCCUUCAGCAAUAAUGGUUCUUUUUCAGUCGCUGCCAAAACUAUACAACCAAGAAGAAGAACAAGGGAAGCCGCCUCAAGGCGGUGUCGUCACCUUUGAGCCGAUUGAUCAUGAUCACGACUUAUGCGAGAGAGUCGUGAUCAACAUAAGCGGCCUCAGGUUUGAAACUCAACUAAGGACACUUAACCAAUUCCCGGAAACGCUGCUGGGAGACCCAGCGCGAAGAAUAAGAUACUUUGACCCAGUACGGAAUGAGUACUUCUUCGACAGAAACAGACCAUCUUUCGACGCCAUUCUGUAUUACUACCAGAGUGGUGGUCGGCUGCGAAGACCCGUCAACGUCCCACUCGAUGUCUUCUCUGAGGAAAUCAAAUUCUACGAGCUCGGAGAACAGGCCACAAACAAAUUCCGUGAGGAUGAAGGUUUCAUCAAGGAAGAGGAGAAGCCUCUGCCAACCAACGAACGUCAGCGCAAAAUCUGGCUGCUCUUCGAAUACCCUGAGAGCUCCCAGGCUGCCCGUGUUGUUGCCAUCAUUUCGGUGUUCGUGAUCCUCCUUUCCAUCGUCAUUUUCUGCCUUGAAACACUGCCAGAAUUCAAGCACUACAAAGUUUACAACACUACCACCAAUGGUACCAAGAUCGAAGAGGAUGAGGUCCCCGACAUCACCGACCCAUUCUUCUUAAUAGAAACCCUGUGCAUCAUCUGGUUUACGUUCGAGUUGAUUGUGAGAUUUUUAGCAUGUCCGAACAAAUUUAACUUCUUCAGAGACGUGAUGAACAUAAUAGAUAUCAUAGCUAUUAUUCCCUACUUCAUCACGCUUGCUACCGUCGUUGCUGAAGAAGAGGACACGCUUAAUCUGCCUCGAGCUCCGGUAUCCCCUCAAGACAAGUCCACGAAUCAAGCGAUGAGCUUAGCAAUCCUGAGAGUGAUUCGUCUUGUCCGAGUCUUCCGGAUCUUCAAGCUCUCUCGUCAUUCCAAGGGUCUGCAAAUUUUAGGACGCACCCUCAAAGCAUCUAUGAGAGAACUCGGACUGUUAAUAUUCUUUCUCUUCAUCGGUGUGGUGCUGUUUUCGUCUGCGGUGUACUUCGCGGAAGCGGGAAGCGAAAAUAGCUUCUUCAAAUCGAUACCUGAUGCGUUUUGGUGGGCGGUCGUUACCAUGACGACCGUGGGAUACGGAGACAUGACGCCUGUUGGAGUUUGGGGAAAAAUCGUGGGGUCUUUGUGUGCAAUUGCUGGUGUACUUACCAUCGCACUGCCUGUGCCCGUCAUCGUGUCCAACUUCAACUACUUCUACCACCGUGAAACUGAUCAGGAGGAGAUGCAGUCGCAGAACUUCAACCAUGUUACCAGCUGUCCGUACUUGCCAGGAACUCUGGGCGAACCAUACUUAGGACCAAUCAAGAAGUCCUCAGCUAGCGAUGGCUCAUCAUCGGAUAUGAUGGAAUUAGAGGAAUCGGCUCUAGUAAUUGAUCCCCACUUGGAGACGAACCUGCGGCGGUUACGUGAGGAAGGAAGGUUGCUCCUUGAGCAGAAAAAGGUCUUGGAGGCUGCUGGUACUAGUGAUGAUAUCGCAACCCUGGAACUGCUUGACACAAUACGGCUGAAUCAGAUAAAACAGCAAGAGCUGUUAAAGCAACAAGCUGCGUUGGCAAAGCGCAAUUCCCGAGCCCACUGCAUGGACCCACGCCGUGACCAGCGCAGGCGCACCCAGUGCAACGUACGCAUCAACCAAUUGCACAGCGCGAGCGCACCUGAAUCUAUAGAAACAGACGUCUGA